AAUCCCCUCCCCCAGUUUUUUUUUAAAUGUGAAAGGUGGUAUAAGCGACAAAGGCAAUUUGAACGUAGGGGGUGGGAGAAUUUAUGAUCGAAGAGUAAGAUGGAGUGAAGUAGGUCACUUAUUGAGCUUCAAAAUUGAGCGAGACUGCGCGGGCUGAAGCCUGUGGCCUGCGGAAACAGCGACACAAUCAGGGCAAACGUUGAAGGAGAGAGCGAGGUGGGGGCAAAUAUAUUCCUGCCUCUCAGCGCCCUGAUGGGACCUGGCGGAAACCAAGACGAGUAAGGGAAGGAUAUGUACCUCAGGAAGAGGUGCCAGUGCAUUACAUUUGCAGGGGCAUAUCUUCUACAUCAUGAAAGGUACGAAAACAAGUAUGUGAAGUUUUUCAAAAGCAAACCCGACCUGCCACCUGGCCUUAACCCAGACGAAACCGCCAAAAGCAAGCAGCAACAGUCAAAGCACGACGGAGAGCUGGCUGGGUUAUCCAAGUCAGCUAAACGCAACCUCAAGCGCAAAGAGAAGCGCAAACAGCAGCAGGAAAGUGACGGCACCGCCGAGGCCGAUGAGCUGAGUCAAACAUUGCAGAAAACCACCAUUGGCGGCGGUGGUAGCAGUCCGAACUCUCAGGCUGUUGCGUUGCAAGGUGAUCACGAUGGAGUAGAGAAGGCAAAGAAGGUAAAAAAUCUUAAAAAGAAACUGCGCCAAAUUGAUGAACUGCAGCAAAAACUAGACUCUGGUGAGAUUAAACAGGCGACCAAAGAGCAGCUGGACAAGCUGAGCCGCCGAAAACUGCUGGAGGAGGAGCUGGAGGGUUUGGAAUUGGGUUUAUAGGAAUAACUGUUGUAUGCUACCAAGAAUACUGGGAGAGUCAUUGUUCCAUACCGACACAAGAUAUCCACACCAAAUAACUACCAGAUAAUACAGGCUCGCAUCUUAAAGAGACUAAGGGUCAUACAAUAAGACAACAUCGCCCAUGCUGGUGCUCAUGCUGCCUUUCACACUGUUAGUUUUAUUAGAAAUGGAGGGAAUAUUUUCCAAAAAUAUCAUUCCUAAAUCUUGAUACUGAGGUAUGGAAUAAAUGUACUGUUCAGUGGACUGUAUUGGGUAUUCACUGUCAGACUACGUGACUUCAGAAUAUUGUCUAAGCACUGCAUCUGUCGUUGCGUGCUUAGUCUGGACUAGGGGAUUCGCUGUGUCAAAAGGCCUGAUCGUCUCGUUCUUUCAUUAGGGGGAGAACAUCCAGUGUUCACUGCAGCAAACGUGUUCAAAGCAACUCCCACCCCUCUUUGUUUUGUAUUCAGACUGUGAAACACUUGAUGAGGGGAGUAAGAUGCAUUUUUGAUUGGGAACAUUAUAGUAGAAGUAAUCCUUUCUGGGAUACUGCUGCACUUUUGAUUUUUGUUCUUAAAUUGUGCUUGCUCCCAUUGAUGAGAUGGGAAUAAUUGCUACUUGUAUGUCUCCCAUGUGGUGAGCACUUGUCCAAAGGCUUUAAUAAAAUCAUUUUUGUCAUUCAAAAAGUGCUGAAAGAAAAUGAUCAAAAAGCAUUUUCCUCAUGAAGUGCUGACUUUGCUUUCACUGAUAUAAAGUUAAUGAUGCAAUACUGGUUUGAACUCAGACUUGAAUGGUGCCGUUAACGUCUGUUCAUCUUUGAUUUGUUCACUAUCUUGUUGCCAUAAGUAUAAUUUCAGAGUUGUGCAGCAUUUGCUGUACGUGGACAGCAAGCAUCGCUAUGAAUUAUCGAGAAUUUACCUACAAACCAGCCAUUGUGCUUCAACGUAAUUCAGUCUACACUGCAUUCUUUGGGACGUUUCAGAAAUGAGGUGCAGUAUGAGUGCAAUUCUUAAGCUGCCUAUCUAUAUUGAAUGCAAAUGUAUACAGUAUAGGACUGCACACUUGCCUGGUGGCACUCAAAUGGGCAUGUGUAUUGGAGGAAGAGAUACCUUGACCACUGAAAUCUUUGGGCAUGUAAGAAACAUGGCAAUGUCUAUUGUAAAGUUUCUCUAUUCAGGUAAUGGAGAUAAAUUCAAGGGUGAAUUUGCAGUAUUUCACAUUCACAACCUAAUAUAAAAUUUCCAGUCAAUAUCAAGCAUUAGCUAUAGCUGGGUUUGAAAUGGGCUCUGGCAUUGAUGGUCUUGCUGCCAAAUGGCAAUAUUUUGAUGUUGGCAGGAGAAACCUUUUAAAAGCUGUACAGAUUCUCUGCACCGGCAAUAUAUGCAGGUAAUGUUUCUGCCCUUCUACUGACAGCCAUCUCAAACUUCCUCGUGUCAGAGAGGUAAAUGUCUACAGUCAACUAAAUUCAGUGCUUGUAGUGAGGUUGCCAGUUAAUGUAUUGGCUAAGGGUUAAAGCCAUAUUUUAUAUACUUUUAAAUAAUUGCCCAUUGUAGAAGAACAACAAAAUCAACUUGCCCAGUUUUUUAAUUACUAGACAAUUUAUUUUUAUGACCCAAUUAAGGAUUGAAAAUUAUUAAAAGCUGCCAAUACUAUAUUGUUUAGGACUUUCCACGCUUUUAGUCCUUGUGUCAUUGCCAUUUUAAAUUUUUUUACUAUACUGUAUAUAUUUUAGAUGUACAUUUUAGGAAAGCAAUCUGGAAUGAUAUACACAGAAUGUAGAGUUAACAAACUUCUUAGAUGUGGGUUUAAAAUGGCAGCUGGCAAUCAGUGUAAAUUUCAGUUUUGUUUUUUGACUGGCGUUCUGUUUGAAUCUAUUUCACACAAUAUAUAUCACCCUUUUAAACAUUUUUAAGUGGUCUCUGGCUAAAUGUCGGAAGGUGGUACACAUAGGUGUGUUGCAUAUAGGUCUGAUGUGAGCGAUGAAUUCAGUUUGUUUUGAAUCACUUAGUGGUUGUAAAUCAGCAGUAAGGAGCUCCUUUGUAGAGUGCUCAAGAAUGGCGGUUGGGCUGUCUUGUCAUUCCGGCCUGCCAGAUUUAGUUUUGCAUGGUUGUUACCUGGUUUCUGAAGCACUGUCAUUGCUACAGGUUCUGAGAGUUCAGGGUGUGUGUACUUUCCCAUCUGCAUGCAUAACAAUGGAGUACUUGCCUCAACCUGAUACUUAAACUCUCUUUAUUAGCUAAUUUGUACUGAAGCUUGUUUCAUCACUGCUUUCAAUAAGAAAACUUGCUGUAAACUUGGGACCAAUCCAGUCUUAAAAUGGGUGAAACUUAUUGCUGCAAGCAUGUGGCAUUAGAUUAAAGACUGCUGACUGACCCAGAGGACCAAUGGAAGAUGGGUUUAGUUCUCCAAGGAAAGAUAGGAAUUCUGGAGGAUCAGGUUCCCUGACCUGACCUGGGAAAAGUUACACUGGCAGAAGCCUGUUGUACAAGCUUCAGUUAAGACCAAGUUAGAUUUUGAUGUAGGGGAACAAUACUUUUAUAAAUCCAGUUGGUUUGUAGUAUUUAAAGGUGCUGGCGUAUGAUUACCAAAGUGUUGGCAGCCUCUGGUACUGGAGAUGAGCCAAGAUGAUUUUGCUAGGAAUCUUGUGCUCCUAUUACAUCCACAUGUGGCCUCCUUUCAAGAGUCACUCAUUCCCUAGCCUAGCAGCACUGGUUAAUUGUAGUUCGCCUCCUGCUGUCCCAUCCUAGAUGGGUUAACACAGAUUGCAAGGGAAUGAACAUUGGGUCUAGGACUUAAGAACUCUGUACCACAUUUGGAUAUUUGCCUAUUAAGGCACUGGAGAGUUUUGGAGAAAAUCGCCAGAAAUAAUUGUCAAGAUAAUUAACCAGCGUUAACAGAUGUGCAGUUUUCUUUCAAAUAUUUGUCCAUUUAUCUAGAUACUUGGAAAAAAGAGGGGUAGAAAACGAAAGUGUUGAAUGUGUAGUAACAGUUUACCACAAUAUAACUAAGACCAUAUUCUGUAGAUUAUACUUUUGUAGUUGUUUAGCUUCAGAACCUUUUCCAUUACCGAUCUUCCUAUGCCACUUCCUGUUGCCCCAGCCUAGCCUGCUAGCAUUUUGGUAAUUCCACAAACCAGGAAUAUACCCCGUGCUUGCUGUGCAGAAAUAGGUAAAAUGUGAAAAAACACUGACUUUGGAAGUUGUAUUGUAAAUAUGACUUUGAAAUUUUGAGCAGUAUUGAUCAUCUUGGUGUGAGUUAAGCAAACCUAAGACACUAAUCAGUGUUAGUUUUCUUUGUAUGCUUUCUCCAAAUCUUUCUGAAAAAUUAAUCCGUUAUUGGAAGUGGGGGUCAAGGUUGACUUUCCUGUCUUAACUUUGGGAGGGUGACCCAUUUGUAAUAUCCCUGCAGAGACUGGCUAAUAACUCCAAGUGUUAAACUUAACACUUCCUGGUUUAUAUUAUACCUUGAAGUGCUGCAUUUAGCAACCAAGUAAUUUAGGAAACUUUCUUUCGGAAGCAUUCAACAGAAAUUUGCAUCUAGCAGGUGGUUACCACAGUUUGCAGUGCUACAUAGACCUGUUGGGUUUUCGUCCUGCAAAGAAUUGAAGUUCUAUUUAUUGAUAUCAGGCCACUAUGAAAUUUCGAUACAUGGGAUUUGGAGAGAUCCAGUAUUCACCCCCCCCCCCCCCCCAAUCUCCCAGUUCUUGGUAUUGGAACAUUUGAAACAGGAUUGAAACUUUAGAAAAGUGGAAAUUUUAAAAUGUUUUAUUCUAAGUAACUAUAACAAAUGUGUUGCUUGCUGUGUUGUGGAUUCAGUGAUGUGGUACAAAGCUUUUCCAGAUCUAGUGAAUAAAGUUGAAAUAUGUUAUCAA